AUGAAGGAUAAAUACUACGCGUAUCUUCAGCAAGCUCAAGCUUUUUACACGUUUCCGUUCCAUCAAAUGAUGACUGCAGCGCCUAACAUGGAAAUCAUGACUGAGCAGCCGACUGUAGAGGGCGUUCCAGAGCCAAACGUUGCUCAAGAGCCUCCAAAAGAAGUUAAAAAAGGAGGAAGGAAAAGAAAAGCCAAAGCAACUGAGCCAAAGCAACCCAAAAAGCCUGCUGCUAAAAAAGAAAAAUCAGCCAAGUCAAAAGGCAAACAAGAAAAGAUCACAGAUACUUUCAAAGUCAAAAGAAAAGUGGACCGUUUUAAUGGUGUGUCUGAAGCAGAACUUCUGACCAAGACUUUACCUGAUAUUUUAACCUUUGAUCUGGACAUCGUAAUAAUUGGCAUAAACCCUGGCUUGAUGGCAGCUUACAAGGGACAUCAUUACCCUGGACCUGGAAACCAUUUUUGGAAGUGUCUGUUCAUGUCUGGUCUAAGUAAUGAACAGCUGAACCAUAUGGAUGACCACACCUUGCCACAUAAAUAUGGGAUUGGAUUUACAAACAUGGUUGAAAGGACAACACCUGGAAGCAAAGACCUCUCCAGCAAAGAGUUUCGGGAAGGAGGGCGCAUUCUGAUGCAGAAAUUACAAAAGUAUAAACCUCGCAUAGCAGCUUUCAAUGGAAAAUGUAUUUAUGAAAUUUUUAGUAAAGAAGUUUUUGGAAUAAAAGUUAAGAACUUGGAAUUUGGACUGCAGCCACACAAGGUGCCAGAUACAGAAACUCUCUGCUACGUUAUGCCAUCCUCCAGUGCAAGAUGUGCUCAGUUUCCUCGUGCACAAGAUAAAGUUCAUUAUUACAUAAAGCUGAAAGACUUAAGGGAUCAACUGAAAGGCAUCGCACCAAACACAGAGGUGCAGGAGGUGCAGUACACGUUUGACUUGCAACUUGCACAAGAGGAUGCUAAAAAGAUGGCUGUCAAAGAAGAAAAAUAUGAUCCAGGUUAUGAAGCAGCUUAUGGAGGAGCUUACUGUGAUCGUGCACCGUAUGAAAGCGAACAGUGCAAUUUCUCUUCAAACGGAACCGCAGCAGGCAAUCCACAGUACUGUGAGGGGUCGUCCUUCGGUGAAGUUCCUAAUGGACAAUGGAUGACACAGUCCUUUGCAGACCAGAUUCCAGAGUUCAAUGCUGGUGUGACACGGGAAGAAGAGGGAAGCAGUGCGUAAGAGCUGUUUCUUCUCAGCUAUGCAUACAUGCUGCAGUUUUAAUGCAGUGAUCAAGAUCAGUACCUCGGUUCUCCAACUGAAGCAUUUUAAUAGUAUUUUAUCUCCCCUAGUUAUUUUAUUAUAGUCCAAAGUAAGUGUGUGGUAGGCUCUAAUUGAUGAACUAGAUAAUUUUAAGGAACUGUCCAAACUUUUUUAAAAAAAGUUAGCCCUUUUUUGUAUAUGAGUUUUUUAUAUUUAAUGUAUACCAUUUCUUGCAGUUUUUGACAAAUUGCUUUCUCAUUUGUGAAG